UUUGACAAAAGACAUGUGUUUUACAGCAUAAUGUAUCAAUCUAGUUUUUAACAAAAAAACAAUUUAAUAAUUGUUAGUCAUUUAACUACAAAAUGGCGAUAUUAGCAGAAGAUUCAAAAAUCAUGUCCAUGGCCAAUACCGAUCUAAUAUGGUCACUAUAUCCCGACAGAUUUGUUACAUUCGGCAAUGAAUUAAAAUUAUAUGUUGUGGACACAUUCACUGAAUUACCUCAAAUGUUUGGCGGAAUUAAAUUAUCUGAAUUAAGUUUUUCACAAAUUCUCACUUCUAAAUCUGAAUUCCGUUCCGAAUUUGCCUUCCGAAUUAAGUCAAUGGCAUGCAAUAAUCGAUUACUCAAACAUGGUGCCGAUGUUUUAUAUGCUUUGGGAUAUCAAAACGGCAAAAUCGUUUUGAAUUCAUUCGAUUCAAGCUCUAAUUCGACUGGAAAAGAAUCGGAUGCAGGAUACCAUCAUUCAAAUGUAGUAGGAAAAGAAUUCAUACAAGAAUAUCCUCGUUCAUGUAAUGCUUUGGAUUUUUGUCAAAUCGACAAUAACCUGUUGGCCUCUGGUUUUGAACGUAAUAAAAAUGAUUAUUCUGUAAUGAUCUGGGAUAUCGCUCACACUGGAAUCAAUUACAAUCAAGCUGCCCAAAGUGCAACUAUAUCUGGAACAACCAAACCGUUAUACCAAUCUGCUCUUAAUGAUCAAGUUCAUUCUCUCAGAUGGUUUCGAAACCGUUCUCUUAUUUGCGGCAUGAACAACAAACAUAUUAAAUUGAUAGAUGCCAAAGAAUCGUCUAAUCAAGGCCAUUGCGCCUCUACCAAAGGAGUUUACGGUAUAACCCCAGAUACUCAUUCUGACUAUCGUUUUGCUUCGUUUUUCGAAAAUUAUAUUUAUGUUUGGGAUUUGCGAUUUUUCGAAAGUCCUCUUGUCACAAUAGGACCUGAACCUUCAAGUUUUGUCAAAUUGGAAUGGUGUCCUACCCGUUCCAAUAUAUUGGCUGCAUUAUUGAAAGACACUAACAGUAUAAGAUUGUAUGACCACAAACAAUAUACAAAUUUCAAUGAACUUCCCGAACCAUCUAUUUUAAAACGCGAUAUUACUCCGUUCGAAGUGAACAAUUCUCAAAUCUUAUCGUCUUUUUCUUGGCAUCCAACUAACGAGUUUCAGAUGACAGUCAUCACUUCUAAUGGCGUGAUCAGAGAUUUCAAAGUAGUCGAUCGAAUCACGCUUAAUUGGUCACCUAUCUCCGAGAUAAUUUGGACUCAUGGCAAAAAAAUAUUACAAUGCAUCGAUUCAAGAGAUUCAAUUUAUAAGGAGAUUGAUGACAUUGCUGUUCGUAUGCGUAAAUUAGCUAUCGACGGUUAUGGCCUUUCGGUUGAUAAAUUAUGGCAAAUGUUUUGCAAAGAUAGUCCCCUUUAUUUUGUUUGGAAAUGGAUUUUCAUGCAUCUAAACAGAAAUGAUCAGAAAAACCAACCUAUGAAAUCGAGCAAUGACGAAAUUACAUACGAUAUUUUUUCCGUUCGUAAUACAGAGCGAUUCUUUGGAAUUAUGGGCAUUCUUUUCGGAAAAGAAUCUCCAAAAAAACUUUUGCAUUCUAGUGAACUUAUUUUUCCCACCAAUUUUCCAAUGGCUUUAAGUAAAAAAGAAAUCUACAUCAGUUUUGGGAGAGCUAAAGCUCUUCAAUAUUGCGGCUGGAGUGAUAGAUAUUCUCCUACCAGUUUUGCCCCAUCUUUUGAUUUUGAUGAAUUAACUAUUACACCUAAAUUGGAUCCCAAUAUUCCAUGUAAUUAUUUCAUUUCGACUAACGAAAAUGAACAUAAUUACACUCGGCUUGCAGCCAUUAUGGUUUUUAAUGGAAGAGUCAGUGAAGCUAUUGAAUAUUUAAACCGUGCAUCAGAUUUUGCCAACAAAAAUUCUUGUAAUAAUCAUAAAUCUAAUGAUCUCCAUUCUAAUGGCAAACAAGCUGAUAAAGCAGUUUCAUUGAACGCCAUAGCUUUGGCUUUAUCAACAUUCAUCGCUAAUGUUGAUCGGCUAGAUAAAUCGAAUGGAAAUCUAUACAUUUGGGAAGAUAUAUGCUCUAAAUUGAAACCUAAACUCGAUGAUCCAUGCAUCAAAGCUAUUUUCAAUUUUGUCUCAGUUGAUUCGAAUUCGGAUGCAGGAAAAUACAGCGAAAUUAUCAACGAUGAAAAGUUAGAUAUUGCUGAUCGUGUGGCAUUUGCAUGUCUUUAUUUACCUGACACAGAGUUGGUCGAUUUUUUAAUUCGAGUACAAAACAAUUUAUUUGAAAAAAAUGAUUUACGAGCAAUUUUGUUUACUGGACUAACUGAAGAUGGAUUAGAAUUAUUUAGAAGGUACAUCGAAAGCACUAGCGAUGUUCAAACGAUCAGUUUAAUUUUAUUAUGGACAUUACCACAUUCUCUUUGUAAAAUCCCAAUUGUAAAAACUUGGAUUGAUAACUACAAGCAAUUACUCGACUGUUGGCGAUUGUGGAAUGUUCGAGCUCAAUUCGAUUUAAAAUGGUAUGAUAGUCUGAAUUAUUCGGAAGAACCACGACAACAAAUCUAUAUCGUCUGUAAUUAUUGUCGAUCGCCGAUAUCUACAUAUACUCACAAUGAUUCCAAUACCAAAUCACCAAUAUCACAUCCACCACCAAUUUCUCACCAUCAAUACAACAGAGCUUCUAGUGCCAAUUCAUCAUCGAAUAAAUUAAGAAUAUGUAGCUGUUCCAGUUGUGGCAAGACAUUACCACGAUGUUCACUAUGUCUUACACAAUUGGGCACGCCAGCCGGUAUUCAUUGGCGUUCUGGUUUCAUUCUAGAGAAAAGUAAUCGCAAAUUAUCACCAUUUUCAUCUUGGUUUACUUGGUGCCAAACAUGUCGACAUGGUGGUCAUUCUGUACAUCUUCUCGAAUGGUUCACGGAGAAUACAUUAUGCCCAGUUGCUGGCUGUAAAUGUAAAUGCAUGUGUUUAGAUUCCAAUGCUCGACCUAUAUAUUAAGUACAAAAAUUUUUAUUUCUGUGAUUAUAUUAAUGUUUAUUGACUAUCAAAUAAAUUCAAUCGUUUUUAUUCAAUAUUGUUUUUUGAGCUUUCAUUUUGAAAUUCAUUGUGAUUAUUUUUUUUUUAAAUAAUCCGCUUACAAGACGAGUGUGCGCAAACUGUAUUAUUGGCUCGUUUGUAAUUUCGAGCAAUGCAUAUUGUCUUCAAAUAAUGUACGUGAACGAAAAUUACUGAUAUAAUUAAAAUCUACAUCAAACAUAUUGUUUUUGCCUCUGGUUGAAUUUCAAUAUUAAUUCUUUUGUUGACAAAUAGCUUGUCAAAAUAUUUGGCUUUUAUCCAUUUUUUUUAUUCAGUUGUGAAAUACAUUUAUAAUAUUCAGCAACCUGUUGAUCAUCAUUGAAUAUAAAUUUCCAAUAUAUCGGAAAAAUCAUGUUUGAAGACUGUAUUUCUAUUAAUAUCGGACCAUCGUCAUUUCAGCAUUCAUCAACAUUUGCAAAUAAACUUAAGAUUCGAAAAUUCAGUCCUAUUUUGGAUGAAUCAGAAAAUAUCUCUAUCAAUUAUAUCUCAACGCCCAAAGAAAAUAUCAGAAAUGCUAGAAUUAUAAACAUUGAAGAUGUGACGGAGAAAAUCGUGAUUCAACCCUCAAGUAAUAGAAGAAAAUUUCAUUCAUUAAAAACUAAUAAAAAUGAUUCGCAAAUUACUAAACCAAGAUCCAGCCGUUCGACAAAGAGAUUGUUGAGAACUCUUAAUAAACCAUGUUCUGGUGAUCAUUCUCAAUUUGCAACGACAUUUGAUUGUGAUACAAUCAUUCUUGAUUCUGCGAAUAAAAAGCAGAUAAAACAAUUAACCUCUCCUAUAUGGAUUCGUUGCAAAAUUUGUAAAAAAAGAAUUGCACGCGAAGAGGAAAAACUACAAUCUCAUUAUCGCAUUGUUCAUAAUUUUCUGUUCAUGAAGACUAAAGAUUCUGAUGUCAUUCUUACUCGUUUAAAAGUGAACAAAAAAUAUUUCCAUUUUUGUUGUUUAUCGUGUUGGAAAAAAUUUGUCACUUUUGAUCAUUUUAUUCAACAUCGAUGUAAAAAUAUGCAACGAAAAGCUUUUGCCGAUGGUAAAAAUGAUUUGGAUAUAAAAAUACGACCAUCGAUGGCUGAUUUUGAAAUUGACUACGAAUGUGAAAGAGAAUUUUUCCAAAAUUUAGGUUUACAAAGAAAACUGGAAUGCCAAACUGAAUUUAAAUGUGAUCAUAUGAAGAAUGAAAAAUUUGUUAAUUCGAAAACAUGUAAUGGGAAAAAUUUUGUGAAUUCAUUAUCUCAGUGUCUUUCUAUGAAAAAAUCCAUUUGUCCGGUAUCACGAACCAUAACGAAGAAAAAAAUGUGAUUCAAUUUGCUCAUUUUUUCAAUAUUCACUCGAUAAUAUUGCUUAAUUAAAAUUACUUAAUUAAAUUUGA